CUUCCUGCUCGGGGCUCAGGGCUCCAGCAGCCUCCCCGGACCGAGGCUGGGGAGCCUGGAGGGGUCGGAGGCCAAGCUCAGGCCCAGGCCAGGCUGGGCGGGAAGAUGGCUGGUGGGGGCAGCGUGCUCAGCAGCAGGUUAGCCACAGAAAAUCAGAACACAGAUGACACGCUUAUCUUUGAAACUGUAUUCAGGCACUUCAAAAGACAUAAAGUGGAGAUUUCAACUGCAAUAAAAAAGACAUUUCCUUUCCUUGAGGGUCUUCGUGACCGUGAACUCAUCACCAACAGAAUGUAUGAAGACUGUCAAGAUUCUUGUAGAAACCUGGUCCCUGUAUCGAGAGUGGUUUACAAUGUUCUCAAUGAGCUGGAGAAGACAUUUGACAUGUCGCUUCUGGACGCUUUGUUCAGCGAGGUCAACCGGCAGGAAUAUCCUGAUUUAAAUCACAUUUAUGAAAGCUUCAGAAAGGUAAUCCAGGAGAAAAUUCAUCAUGAAGAAAGCAAUGGAGAAGAGAGGGAGGAGAGGCCUACUCUCCCACUAAGCCUUGAGCAAGGAACUUGGGAAAACUCAUGUCAAGGCCGGAGAGAGUCCUCAUCUUACGACGGUACGACCUCACCUGAAAAUGGACUCUUGGAUCACCUCUGUGAAACAGAAGAGAUAAAUGCAAAGAGGAAAGAUACAACCAGCGACCAAAACGAUGCACUAGAAAGCCAACAAGCAAAUGAACAAUUUGCCCAAGAGUCUGAACCAGCAGAAGCCAAGCUACCCAACCAUGGACUUCAAAUCAAUUCCUGUUCUGUCCUUCUGGUGGAUAUAAAGAAGGAGAAGCCAUGUUUCAACCCCGAAGUUGAACGGCAAACCCAAGCAAGGACCGACUGUAACCAGGCAUCUGAUGUAAUAGUGAUCAGCAGUGAGGACUCUGCAGAAUCCAGUGACGGAGACGAGUCCCCAGAACCCUCCACGUCAGCACCGAGAAAGGCGUCCGAUCCUUGGGAUAUUGACAACACAUCAAUUUGCAGCAUAAGCAGUAGGAAAAGACGGAUCAGCAGUGGUGACACCUCAGAAUUGAGUAACGAAGAUGAGCCUCAGGAAACGUCUAGCUCAGUCCUAAGAAAUGGGUCAGAUACCACGGAUAUUGGAAGCGAUUCUACUUUGGGAAAACACAGUGAGAAAAGAAGGAGAAAAACAGUCAACACCGGGCCUUUGAAAAGAGGCAGAAAAAGAGGUCCAAGAAUUCCCAAAGAAACCAAUAUGGAUUUUCAGCUUCCUGAACUUCCUGUGACUUGUGGUGAGGCGAAGGGGAUUUUAUACAAGGAGAAAAUGAACAAAGGCACCUCGGAGAAGUGUAUACAGAAUGCAUAUGGAAAGUGGUUCACCCUCAGGGAAUUUGAAAUUGAAGGAAACCAUGAAGCAUCCAAGAACUGGAAGCUGAGUGUGCGCUGCUGUGGGUGGCCCCUGAAAACCUUGAUUCAGAGAAAAUUUCUACCAAACCCAUCAAGAAAAAGAAAAAAGCCAGAAAACUCAAAUGAAUGCGAGGUAUGCCAUAGAAAGACCGCGCUGUUCUCCUGUAAUACUUGUUCAAGGUUCUUUCAUGAGAAAUGCCACAUCCCACCUAAAGGUGCUGACAGGAACCCAUGGAGCUGCAUCUUCUGCAAGAUAAAGGUUCUUCAGGAAAGGUGCCCGGAAAGCCAGCCGUGUCAUCAGGAAUCUGAGGUCCUGAAGAAGCUGAUGCUGCCUGAAGAGAAGUUGAAAUGCGAGUUCCUCCUCUUAAAGGUCUAUUGCUCUCCAAAAAGCUCCUUUUUUGCCUCAGAACCAUAUUAUACAUCUCAAGGCCCGGAGGAGCCCAUGUGGUUAAACAAAAUCAAGAAAAAUCUGACAAUGAACAUAUAUCACCAAGUACAGGGGUUUGUGCAGGACAUGCGUCUCAUCUUCCAGAACUACAGGACGCUUUACAAGAACAAGAAAUCCAUCAAUCUGGGACUUCAACUAGAGGCCGAAUUUGAGAAUGAUUUCAAAAACAUUUUUGGCAUCCACGAAAUAAGUACAAACAGCAAUCGGUUUGAGCCGAUCUCUUAUAAUGUAGCCCGUUUCUAGUUCCCCCUUCAGAGUCUACACUGCUACAUGCUAUUGUGCCUGUGGCCCCAAUGACCAGCUGCCUGUUGCUGUGUGAAUAACACACUUCUUUUUCAAACUUUUUUUUUUUUUUGCGUUACGCGGGCCUCUCACUGUCGUGGCCUCUCCCGCUGCGGAGCACAGGCUCCGGACGCGCAGGCUCAGCGGCCAUGGCCCACGGGCCCAGCCGCUCCGCGGCAUGUGGGAUCUUCUGAGACUCGGGCACGAACCCGUGUCCCCUGUAUCGGCAGGCGGACUCUCAACCACUGCGCCACCAGGGAAGCUCCAAAGUUUUUUUCACUGACAUUCCUGCUCAUUUAUCUUUCUAAAUAAA